AUGGACGCUGGUCCUUUGGUGCCAUUGUCACUCCCACUUCUCCCUGAAACAAAAAAUUGGUCUGCGGAAAUCCAAGCUGCAUAUGAGAGUGUCCGAUGCACUUAUAAUCAUGCCAUCCGAGUUCUUCGAGCAGAUGGAGCUGACCCCACUCGUAUUGCAUUCCACGUGGAUGCUAUCUUGUCGAAUGCAAUUCCAAUUCUCCAAGCACUCGUACCUGACAUCGACUCAGAUGAUAAUCUGGAGUCUCUCCCCAUCGAAUGGUUAGCUAACAUAGCCACACAACUUGGUCGCGCAGUUACCAAUCUCGAACACCUAGGAACCACUGUAAAUGAACAAGAGGAGCAUAAUAUUGAUAAACCAGAAUUGAGAACACCGGGAAACGAGGACGACCUAAAAAAAUAA